UUGUAGAGCAGAGGGGGAGCUCCAAUCUGUAAUUCGUAAUUCCCCCACUUAGCUCCCGUGCCACUGUUUGUACUAACCAACAUCCGUGUAGAAAAAGUGGCGCGAGGAUUUUUUCCUCGCGAGGAAAUACAAUCCUCGCCAAUUUCGCCCAAGAAUUUCCGAGUCCUCGAAUCCUCGGCGAGGCGAGGCGAGGAUUCCUCGCCAAGGAUUUUUUGGGAAAACCAUUCCUCAAAUCGCGGAAUUCCGAGGCGAGGAAUUCCUCGCCUCGUUGCUCAUGUCUACUCACAAGUCAUUGCACGCCAUGCAUGCAUGCACACACUAACAAGGAUGACAAGCCGAGUGCAAGCCAUACGGUUGCACCAACAUUGGCAGCAUGAAGUGGUGGCGGAAUUGUGUGUCAUCGUUUUGCCAGAGCUUUUUUUUGCAUCUCACUUUGCUGGGUUCUUUGAUCCCAUACCGCUUACCGAUGAUGUUGAGAAAAGCUUCUGAAUUUUUCCUAGAGGCUCUCAUCAUUGUUUCUCAUUUCUUGGAUAGCUUCUGGUCCUCCUCUGUGUCAGUGCUGCCAUGCCCUUCCCCCCAACUCCCCAACACCCUGUGCCAUUCCAAUCAUUGUGUGCCUUCGUCUUUGCUGCAUCUUUCAAGCACCAUAUCGGCUGUCGACUGGAACGGGGAGUUGCCUGUGGCGUUUGGCACCCUCACCUCCCUCACUUACUUGGACUUACACUUCCUGUUGUCUAGCCAAUUCCCCCGAUGGGUGAUGGACUUGACAUCUUUACGCUACCUCGAUGUGGCUCAUCGCUCUGUCUACCGCAGUGGAGUGGUGCCGCAGGACCUCUCCCGCCUCACUCAAUUGCAGCACUUUGACGCCACGGGCAAUGGAUUGGUCGGCGUGCUGCCUGAAUACUGGACCUCUCUGAACCACCUCACCUUUCUGUCAUUUUUAAAUAACAAGAUUGAAGGCUCCAUCCCGUCAACAUUCUCCGCCCUCACCACAUUGUCCACACUGAUAUUGAAGGGCAACAGAAUGGAAGGCACCAUCCCACCCGUCUUCUCCACUUCACUCAGCAGCCUUAAUCUCCAAGGAAAUCGCUUUUUGGGCUCCAUGCCUGCUUUUCUUGGUUCUCUUCCUGGCCUCACAACCCUGGAACUUGUUGGCAACAACUUCACAGGGGCGAUUCCCAAGACUUUCACAAAGCUCAGCGGUGUUUCCUGGUUGUCGCUUUCCACCAACCAGUUAACAUCAGGGCUUGAUGUGAUCACCGAGAUGACUUGGCUUAGUUUUGUUGAUGCUGGUUUCAACAACUUCUCUGAAAGCUUUCCUGAUCUGUCAACCUUACCUUCACUCAUGGGGCUGUUCAUCCGAGGAAACAACAUCAAAGGGACUUUCCCUAGUGUCUUGUUGAAGCUCACCAACCUCGCAGACUUGGAUUUGGGGCAGAAUGGAUUCCAUGGGUCCAUCCCUGAAGACAUAUCCGAGCUCUCAAGCUUAAGCAUGCUAUAUCUGGACGGCAAUAACUUCGACGAAGAAAUUCCUUCGGCGCUCUUCACCCUUCCGUAUAUUUCAUAUCUAGACUUGAACAACAACCGUUUGAAUGGACGCCUGCCAAGCAGUUUAUCAAGUACUUCCCUUGGCGGUCUAAACCUUGAAGGAAAUAACCUAUCAGGGUCCCUGCCUGAUUUUUCAAACUGGAACGCUUCUUUAUAUUACCUAUAGUUGCGCAAGAACCAGCUUUCAGGAACCAUCCCUACAGCUCUGGUCACGUUAAACAGCCUUGCCAUCCUAGACCUCGCCUCCAACAGCAUCUCAGGGCCCUUGCCCUCUGCCUUUGGUGCGCUCUCCAACCUUAUCGGACUGUCUGUGUAUGACAACCAGCUCACGGGCAAGCUCCCUUCUUCCAUAUGCGAUCUCACCCAGCUAAUAAUCAUGUAUAUCCGCAACAACUACUUCUAUGGGGAAUUUCCUUCGUGUCUUUACGAGCAUUGCCUGCACAGGAUUGACAUCAGCAACAACAGCUUCUACGGGCCCAUCAACAGCAACUUCCACGGCAUGAUUCCCAACGAUGGCGCUCUGCUCAACAUCGCAGGCAACUACUUCUACGGUGACCCCAUGCUCUAUGCCGAUGGCUGCCAGUUCUGCCCCUCGGGAAGCAUCGAGCCCGAUGCCCUUGACAUUGUCGAGCUCGGGAUGGAUAGGAGGGGGCGUUGUGGCGAACGUCCUUUCCAAGCUCUCCCAGGGGCCAACAAGCGGGGCGCGGCAAGUCUGCGUUUGAACUGCUUCACGCUGAGCGCGCAGCUAGAGUGCACGGCGAACGAGACGCAGCGCAGCAACGACACGUGUCUGGCAUUCUGCAGCAUGUCACGGGAGCUGGGGCCGUGCGACGGGCACGGAGCGUGUGUGCCACAGCAGGCGGGGGCAGCAGGGGCGGGGUUCACGUGUGAGUGUGACGACGGAUACGUCACUGCCAAUGGCUCCCUCGGCUCCACCUGCGCCCGCCCUUCUCCGCCCCCCUCGGCAGUAAUCUCCACAGGCGUAGUGGUGGGCAUCGCUGUGGGUUCUGCUGCCACCUUUGCUCUCCUCCUCGCUCUCAUUGUGGCGCUGCUCUGGCCCAGACAACGCAGGAAGUGGAGCGACCUGGACGUGUGCCACGAGUUCAGCAUGGGGGAAAUUCUGCGGGCAACACACCAGUGGUCGAGUGAUAGUGUGCUUGGGAAGGGCGGCUUUGCCACGGUGUACAAGGGGGUGUCGGAGAAAGGCGACCUGUGGGCUGUGAAGCGCAAUGAGCUCAUGUCGAACGACUUCGAAAAGGAGGUGCGGGCGAUGGCGUCGCUGCGGCAUGAGAAUGUGGUGCGGCUGUUGGGCUUCUGCCUGCAUCAGAAUGUGCAGAGCGGCCAGCAGGAGCAGAUCCUCGUGUACGAGUUCGUGGGCAACGGGGACCUCAAGCACCACAUCCACCACUCCAAGACCCCCCUGUCCCUGCGGAAGCGACUGCAGCUGGCGGCGGGUGCAGCGGAGGGAGUUGCCUAUUUGCACAGCUUUGAGACACCCAU